AUGGUGGCGAGGUGGUGGUGUGGUCGGCGAGGUGGUGUGGUCGGCGAGGUGGUGGUCCGCGAGGUGGUGGUCGGCGAGGUGGUGGUCGGCCAGGUGGUGGUCGGCAAGGUGGAGGUCGGCAAGGUGGUGGUCGGCGAGGUGGUGGUCGGCGAGGUGGUGGUCGGCAAGGUGGAGGUCGGCGAGGUGGAGGUCGGCGAGGUGGUGGUCGGCAAGGUGGAGGUCGGCGAGGUGGUGGUCGGCGAGGUGGUGGUCGGCAAGGUGGUGGUCGGCGAGGUGGUGGUUGAUCAGUGCGGCAAGUGCCAGAUCAGCACGAAGAGGCUGAACCAACGCAAGUACUGCAGGCGAGACUACGCGGUGCUGGUGCAGGUGCUGUCCAGGGAGGACCCCAUGCCCGCCCCCAACGACCCGGACAUGGACGCGGACGAGCCCGACGACUCGGACGAGGACGAGGACUACGUGGACCCGGAGCGCGACGACGAGGACGACGACAGUGGCGGCGGCGAGGACUGGGUGCCGUUCCGCGUCACGGUGGACACGGUCUUCAAGAAGCCCGGCAUCCAGUCGCGGCUCAAGAAGGGGCCGUCCUCGCUGUGGGUGCGCGCCGCCGACCUGGCCUGCAAGUGCCCCAAGAUCAAAGUCAACAAGUCGUACCUGAUCCUGGGCAACGAGGGCGAGGGCCUGGGCGCGGGGCUCACCAUCACGGAGCACUCCAUCGUCAUCGAGUGGCAGAAGGACUGGUCCAGUCGCCUGCGCCGCUUCCAGCAGCGCUCGCGGUUCUGCGUGUGAAGCGGCACCGCCUCCAGCGCGCCGUGCCGCCUCCACUCCUUCCUGGCGCGUUUCCGUUCUGUGCUUUCGACGCCCCACCCGGAAAAAAGACUGCUGUGGUGAUCAACUUCGAAAGACUGAGUUCGAUAACCGCAAUCGAAAAUCCGGUACAUGCAGCCAGAAGCUUGUUCACCCCGAAAAAUUGACUUCUUGGAUUUAAAAAAAAAUAUAUAAUGUUUCUUGUUUCUUUUAAGAAAUGGUUUUUGAUCCAAACUUUUUUCUUCUUGUGUGAAGAAAAAUUUUCUUGUGUCAAGAUGUCUUUUCUUUAAAAAAGUGAAAAUGUAAAACAAGAAACCAUUUUUUCUGUGGGUUAAAUGACGACGACUGUCCUCUUAAAAAUUUUCAGUCUUGGCUACCAGCUUUUGGCUGUGAGUACCGGAUUUUCGAUUGCGGCUGUCGAAUUCAGCCUAUCGAACAAAUUUGAUCACUACAACCUAGUUUUUUUUUUUGGUUGCAGGGGUGCGAGUUCUUAAAGUUUCUCCGUAUCAUUUUCUGUUAACUUUUGCCAAGCAUAAGACGAAACUAAAAUAAAAAUACCGUAGCUCUCGAAACAAUUAAGAGCCGUUGUGGCAAUUCAAUGUUCUGGGUGAUGAUGUCAAGAUCAUAGCUUUGUUUCAAUGGAGAUGCGGUUGUAUCGAGCGCUGCUCAGUUUUUGGGGUGUGUUUGUUUUGUUAACACAAUGGUUCAUUUCUUGUUGAUUUCGGAAAGUGGAAGGGGAGUGACCGUGUCGCCGCGAAGUGGAAACCGAGCGAUUUUAUUUAGACUUUGACGUGUACCUGUUCUGCGUGCCAAAGUCGCAAACACGCCGAGUCACGACGGGGAGAGUGGAAGCUUCCCAGCUUACUUCAAUGCAUAUGGAUCUGACAACACCUUUCUGCGUUUUCCGCAAUCAAACGGACGUUUAAUUCAGUGUGAUCCGAGCCGGGGCGUGCAAUCGUCCAUUCGCGUCUCCCGAUAAAAAAUGAAAGUAAUAACAAAAGUGUCCCAAGGUGUUUGACGCGACGAAGUAAUACUUUUGCGACAUUGACUCUUCGGAUUCGCAAGAGAGCGAAACGACUUUGAAGCAACAACAACAAAUUUAACAGUACUUUGAUCUUUGACGCUUUUGUAGACUCGGAUGAUGAGGUUCCUCAAUUUCUCCGGCGUUUCGGGCGUUUGACUAAAUGUAAAUACGACUGACGAAGCCGGACACAUGACCCGGCGCACCUCCACGGAGCAGGAUGAGUUUGUAUGAUAGUGCCUAGGUGUAGAACCUUCACGAGCGUUUUUCGCUUAGCUCUGUUCCUAUAACUUAUUAUCAUUGUUCUAGAUCAUUAGAUUAAUAUUUAAAUAUUAUUAUUACUAUUAUUGUGCUUUGUAGAAAGUGGGCCACUCCUUGUUCGGUCAGGUGGCAGGAAUACCAAAACUUCGUUAUAGUUGUAAAGGAGUGAUUCCUCGGUAUGUAGUUUUUUUUCCAAAUCCCCUUUCUCACUUUUUCAACAGCGGUUUUCUAAAAAAAGAAAAAAAGAUGGUAUCUAAAACAUUUCAAAGAACCUUCCAUUUGGCAAUAAACCCACCGAUACCAUUCUUGAUGACAUAUCUGAUGCAGGUUACAGGCACAUUCAAAAAUACAAGAGUUUUGUUUAUUCUAAUCUAAGAGAAAGCACUAAAAGAUAAAGUGAUAACCUGAUUAUAUUAAGUUGUUUAUGCAUAUCGUUUAUAGUUGACAGUAAACUCGAAAAGGAGCAGGGCCGACGCAGUUGUGUUUAUCAGUAAUUCGUGCGACUGUGCGACCCUCUAUCCGUUUUGUUUAUAAUUCUUUUUUUCGUAUUUUUGUUAUCUGUGAUACGCUAUUGUGUAGCCUGUGAGAAACGAGCCCUGUGCGUAAAGAGUUCUUUUUCUUAAGGAGCAAGCAAAGAGCACCUUGCAAGUUUUGCAAGGUGAAGGCACCACGCACUAUGGCACUGAUGGCGUGACGAAACAUGGCCAAAGACGAUGAGUCAUCCUUUUAAGUUAUGUCACGAUACUUUAUCUAUUUACUAUGUGGUUAGGGUCUGUUGUAACGUUUUAACCUGUGACGCUUCAAGACAUGUAAUGCGGUAACUUCUCUAUUAUUACUCUUGCUACUAUUGAUAUUAUCGCCAAUAAACUGACUGUACUUA